AUGGGAUUUCUUUGGAUAUUUAACUGCUGUAAAGCACAGCAGGAGGAUGAUGAUGCAGAACAAUGGUUCUUUGCCAGGGAGUGUGAAGCAGUUUGGUAUGGGUUUGACUCUGAAUGGGAAUCCAUACCAGACAGAAAGCAGAGGCUUAAAAAAUACAGCCUGGAAGAUCUUAAGAAACAACUAGAACUGUUUGGUAUCACUAUAGUUGAAGAAAAAGGGCAAAAGAAGCGCAAGAGUGAGAAGAAGAUGAAGAGAGAGUAUAGGAAACUUCUCAUGCGAAGGAUGAAGAUAGUGGAGACUGAGAGGGCAAGAAGGUCAGUGCAAGUUGGGCAGAGAACGAAGCCAGAAGAGAAGAUGGAUUUGGUGAAGAGGGAACCAAAUGACUUGGACCAGGCGAGUGAAAACACACAUGACGAAAAGCAGAGCUUGAAGACAUCUGAAGAGCUGACUCCUCAGCAGCAGGGUCUGAGGGCAACGCUGAGGGUGGAGGCCCAGGUGAAUGAAAAAGACUCCACAGAUGCACAAGAGACAGGAUGGAAACAAGAAUUAGACUUGAGGACCAAGACACACUGGGAGAAGGAGGAAGAGGAAGAAACAGACUUCAUCAAGAUCAAUGAAGAGGAUGACAUCCUGAAGGGGGGAAAGCGUGAGAAAAGUGUUAUAAAGGAAUGUGAGGUGAAGUUAGAGGAGAGUGAGAAAAAACAGGAACACACAGAUGAUGGUGUGGCCUCUGGGACAAUGGCAACAGUCUCAUUGGAGUUGCAGAAUGAGGAUCACGAGGAGAAGCAAGAAGAGGCCACAGUUAAGGAAGAGAGAGUGAACAACGAUGGGAAAGAGAAGGGAGAGAAAAAGAUAGAGAGAGAGAAAGACAUUGAAGUCAAAGAAGGAAAAGAGCUGAAUGAUGAACCGCUGAUUGAAGAGAAAGAGGAAGGAGUUAACGUGAAGGGAAAGGAAGGGCAAGAGGAGGUGACAGAAUGUGUGGUGGAGAUAAAAGAGGACAAGCCAGAUGUGUGUCAAAAGGAGGAGCCAGAUGUGGUGGUCUUGGAGAAGGAGAGGAAUGGGAAUCAAGAGAAGGAGGAGGAGAAGGCCGCAGAGAAGGAUAUGAUGAGGAAAGAUGAGAAAAAAGAAAGAGUGGAGGAUGAUAAAGAGGUCGAUAUUAAAGAAAAGGAGGAGCUAGCGGAGGUGCAGGAAGAAAAGAAAGCAGAGGACAUGAAGGUGAAGGAGGAGCAGGAGAAGGUGGAGAUUAUGGUGGAGAGAAAACAGAAGCAGGUGGAUAUAACUGAUGGGACUGUGGCCAUGGAGAUGAGACCAGAGGUUUCCCUGAUGGAGGAUGGAAAGGAGCUGAUGGACAACAAAGGAAAGGAAGAUGAGAAAAAGAAAGCAAAGGAGAAGGAGGACAUGAAGGUGCAGAAGGAGCAAGAGGAAGUGAAGGAGUGUGUGUUGGAGGUAGAGGAGAAAGAGAAGGAAGACACAGAUGAUGGGACUGUGGCCGUAGAGACUACACUGAAGGUCUCUCUGGAGAGCAACACCACCAUCAAUCAAGAACAACAGGUGAAGAGCAGAAUGCCAGGGUGUCAAGGCGAUAAAUCCAAAAACAAACAAGCUAAACACCAAGUGCACAAUGAGGUGACUGAGGACAACAGACGGAAGCAGCACAUGAGGUAUGGACAACAACAUGAGUCCCAACACAGAAGAGGAGAAAGGCGUGGUACAAGACAGGGAGUAAGAGGAUGCUGGAGAGAUUCAAAUGGAUGCCAAACAGGUCCUGUGGGAUGCUGGGGAGAUGCAAAGAGAUGCUGGAAAGGUCCAAUGGCACAUGAGGAAGAGAAGGAGAAGCAGGGCAUGAGCCUGAAGGAGGCGCAAGAGGAGGUGAAACAGUGUGUGGAGGACGGAGAAGAAAAGGAGGAGGAAAAUGUAUACAAUCGCACUGUGACCAUGGGAACUACAUUGAAAAUCCAUUUGGUCAUAGACCGCAACACCACGACAAAUGAAGAUCAAGAGGUGAAGAAAAGAGCGCGAGGGUGCAGAGGCGGAAAAUCGAAAAACAAACAAAUGUACAAUGACAUGACUGAGGAAAACAAACGGAGGCAGGGCACAAAAGCUGGACAUCAACAUGAGUUUGAGCACCAAAACAGGGGAGUAGAAAGACAAAAUAAAACAGAGGGGGUGCAGGCACAUUGGAAAGGUCCACAGCAGGAAGAAAGACAGACGAGAGAGGACAACCAAAAACAAACCAGAAACAAACACAGGUACAACAUGGCGGCGAGGAGGGAAUGGUACGCAGCAGACGCAUGUGGACGCCACACAGAGGAGACGACGAGAAGCGAUGAGAAGAAGCGACCACAUGGGAGCCACGGGGGAAUCCACUGGAAUAAAGGAGGCUUGGUCGUGGAGAGGAGAGGGCCAGUUUGGGCAGAACACAAGAACAGAGAAGGAGGACAAAUGCAGCAGGAGGAGAGAGGAGAGAGAAUGGGUGAGAGGCAGGGCCCCCAUCACCACAGAGAGACGAGAGAGCACAUGAAGAGGAGAGACACAGGAAGAGGAAUAGGAGGAGAAUGA